GUAGUGUUGCAGACUUACCAAUGAAGACACCACAGAAGAAGAAGUGCAAGAGCGUUUCCGGUUUGGACCGUUUGAAUCGCACCGAUGGAUUCUAGUAGACAGUAGCGGAUUUUUUGUAUUCCUCUCGGCGGGCAAAGUGGGCUCCAAGUGGACCGUCAACUGGGCAUCAACAAGGGGGUCAAACAUGGCUGCUCCGACUCUACAGCAGCCCAGCUUCCUGCUGGUCAACCUGAAAAGCGAUUCCACCACCAAACCUCUCCUCCAGCGAUGCCAAGAUCUGGUGAAGAUCAUCGACGAGUAUCCUGCAAAGGAGCUCCACCUCAUCCUCCCUUGGCUGGUGGAGAGCGUGUUCGGCAGUCUGGACGGCUGCACCGCCGGCUGGAACCUGCGACUCCUUCACGCGCGGAGCAACGAGUACAACGUCGUUCUGGAGUUUCUGAGCCCCAGCGGGCCAAUGAUGAAGCUUGGGUAUAAACUUCAAGCAGAAGAGUACAAAUAUGAAAUCCCCGUCAAUUAUCUCCCAGGUCCCGUUAAGGUCUGCAUCCAGCAGGGGAUCCUCCCAGAAUGCCCUCUGUUCCACAACAAGCUGCAGUUCCCCCUCUCUGGUCUGCUGACUCUGAACCUGGCUCUCAAUCCUUUUGAGUUCUUUAUGUUCCAUUUUGCCUCCUGUCUCAUCACGCCAAAGAGUUACCCUCAAAGCGCCCACGUGAGCUCCACUGACAGCGCCUACUUUGUGCUGGUGGACACGUACCUGAAGUACUUCCUACCCGGUGAAGGAAGCGUUCCGCCCUCCCCCUUCUCUGACUCCAGAGGCUCCGUCACUGCUCCGUCACCCAGAUCUUCCAGCGUGUCUUUGGCCGGUUACGGCGUCCACAGCCCGAGUCUCCUGAAGCAUCACAUAUUCCACCAACCGUCUGUCAACGCCGACCCGGCGGCUCAGGAGAUCUGGAGGUCCGAGACGCUGCUGCAGAUGUUUGUGGAGAUCUGGCUCCAUCACUACUCCUUAGAGAUGUACCAGAAGCUGCAGUCCCCUCAGGUAAAGGAGCCGUUCAGCCCGACGGAGGAGCACGUCUUGGUGGUGCGUCUGCUGGUCAAACACCUCCACGCCUUCUCCAACAGCCUGAAGCCCGAGACGCUGUCCUCCUCCUCGCCCUCCGCCCACUCGCACGCCCACACCAGCCCGCUGGAGGAGUUCAAGAGGGUGGUGGUGCAGCGUUUCGUCCAACAGAAACUCUACUUGUUCCUGCAGCACUGCUUCAGUCACUGGCCUCUGGACGCCUCGUUCAGAGCGGUGCUGGAGACCUGGCUGAGCUACAUUCAGCCGUGGAGAUACACAGGGGAGAAGACCAACGCUCAGCCGGACCAGAACAGAACCGUACCCGACAAGUGGGAGCCCUUUGUCCAGGAGAACCUGCUGAUGUACACCAAGCUCUUCCAGGUGCUGCUCAACAGAGCCGUGAGGACGGACCUGGUGAACGCCAAAAAUGCGCUGAUGGUCUUCAGGGUGGCCAAAGUGUUCUCUCAGCCAAACCUCGGCGAGAUGAUCCAGAAAGGAGAGCAGCUGUUCCUGGAGCCGGAGCACGUCCUCCAACACCGGCAGCCCCGUGGAUACCUGACGCCGGGCCAAGGCGGCAGCUUCCUGUCGUCACGGCAACGUGCGGCGACCGACCUGGUGUUCCGGGUGAAGAGCCACGUCUACGCCCUGGAGGGCCAGGACUGCCAGUACAAGCAGAUGUUCGGCCCCGAGCUCAGGGGGGCGGUCACGAAGCUGAUCCAGAUCAUCGCGCAGGCCCGGCAGACGGCCAAGAGGAUAUCUGAUCACUCCGGAGAGGCAGCGGCCAGCAGCUCCUUCCUCUCCUGGUUCGGAAUGGGAACCCCCGACCUCAACAGCACCUUCUCCGGGGCCGAGCCGGAGGAGAGCGGCGAGUGUCUGGCGAAGACCCACGAGUUCCUGGACCGAGCCUUGGAGAACCUGUGUCAGAUUUUCAAGCUGAAUCAGGGUCAGCUGGCUCAGCUCAUCUCGAACCUCGGCUCCUCCCAGGACGACGGCCACUGCAAGCAGCUGCCGGACUGCAUCCAAGGAGAGAACGGACUCGUCCUGACGGACCUGGGCAGGAAGCAGAUCAUAAGCGGACUGCGCAGGUUCGACAUUCAGUAUCAAGGAGACCCGGAGCUGCAGCCCAUUAGGAGCUACGGAAAGGUGCUGGUCCGGCUCUUCUACAAGAUCUCUUCUCUGGUCAAUGAGAGAUUCGGUGGUCACAUGAACGCACUCUGCUCCCGCCCGGACCUCCUGGGGCGCCUGGGCCGCCACUACCUGGCGGCGGACCCCGACUCCUCCGCCAGGAGCCCGGUCCCCCGGCCCCCGUCGGGGGCACACCGGCGGGCUCGCCUGAGUCUGCGUCCGCUGGCCAGCUACCGGACGCUGCUGCUGCUGCUGCUCGCCUACGCCACGGGGGCCGCGCUGGCCUUAGGCCCCGCCUCCUGCACCCUGCUGCUCCUGGUGGGGGGGCUCCUGUAUGGACUCCUCGUGGCGCUGCUGGGAGACAAGCUGAAGACGCACUAGCUGAGCAAACGGGGGGGGGGCACGUCGGAAAAUAAACUUUAAAACAUCCACGCAAGGAAUUUGAGUCUAGUUUUCAAGGUUUGCAACAAACUAAUAUCAUUUUUAGUUUUCUCUUUAUAACGUCACUGGCGUUGUGAUGUCAUCAGCAACAGACAACACAUUAAACAUUCUCUGAUGUUCACAUUUUUUAAACAAUGUUUUUUCUUUUUUUUACCUAAAACUCUAAAAAUGAUUAAUUAAUGGUGAAUAGUUUGCGUUAAUGACGACCAAUCGCUGCUGUCAACAGUCACAGUGGAAUAAGCCUCUAAAAGGACGACUUUGUUCGGCCUCAUUAACCAUAUAAACAAAUACAUAACCUGAAGCUUUUGAUUCGCAUGAAGACGCGUGAAGGCCAAAACCUUUUUAUUGUCAGUGAGAGCUGGACGCUUUGGUUCCGAUCCCACAGACGCAAUAAACCAUUUGCACUUGUUUGUA